GUUUGAAUCCCGGUGUUGGUGCUGUUGGGUGCUGAUUGUAAGGGUUGCAUCCCGGGGUUGGUGCUGAUUGUUUGGUCGCAUCCAGGUGUUGGUGCUGAUUGUUGGGUUGCAUCCCGGCAGCGGUUUGUGGGUGCUGGUUGGUGGAUCGUAUCCCUCCAGCGGUGUAUUGUUGCUGGUUGUUGGGUCGCAUCCCUCCAGCGGUGUGUUGUUGGUGCUGAUUGUUGAGUUGCAUCCCUCCAGCGGUGUGUUGGUGCUGGUCUUUGGGUCGCAUCCUGGUAGCGGUGUGUUGGUGCUGUUGUUCGGUCGCAUCCCGGGAGCUGUGUGUUGGUGCUGGUUGUUGGUUCGCAUCCCGUCCUUCUGGGAUCAUCUGACAGCAGAGUCCAGCCAGUCGUCGACAUCUUGCUUCAGACCGAGGAGGGGAAGGCUGGCAGAUAAUGGGCGUGGCUGAGUGACUGCCAGGUAUCCAUCAUGAUUGGAGGACUGUUCAUCUACAACCACAAGGGGGAGGUGCUGAUCUCCCGGGUGUACAGGGAUGACAUCGGGCGUAACGCGGUGGAUGCGUUCCGCGUGAACGUCAUCCACGCCCGCCAGCAGGUGCGCUCCCCCGUCACCAACAUCGCCCGCACCAGCUUCUUCCACGUCAAGCGCUCCAACAUCUGGCUGGCGGCCGUCACCAAGCAGAACGUCAACGCCGCCAUGGUGUUCGAGUUCCUGUACAAGAUGUGCGACGUCAUGACGGCCUACUUCAGCAAGAUCAGCGAGGAGAACAUCAAGAACAACUUCGUGCUCAUCUAUGAGCUGCUCGACGAGAUCCUGGACUUCGGUUACCCUCAGAACUCAGAGAGUGGAGCCCUGAAGACCUUCAUUACCCAGCAGGGCAUCAAGAGCCAGAGUAAGGACGAGCAGUCCCAGAUCACCAGCCAGGUGACCGGACAGAUCGGCUGGCGGCGUGAAGGCAUCAAGUACCGCCGCAACGAGCUGUUCCUAGACGUCCUGGAGAGCGUCAACCUACUCAUGUCCCCACAAGGUCAGGUGCUCAGUGCCCAUGUGUCGGGCCGGGUGGUGAUGAAGAGCUAUCUGAGCGGGAUGCCCGAGUGCAAGUUUGGAAUGAACGACAAGAUCGUGAUUGACAAGCAGCAAGGCAAGGGAGCCACGUCGGACGACUCGGCCAAGAGUGGGAAGCAGUCCAUAGCGAUAGACGACUGCACCUUCCACCAGUGUGUUCGUCUCAGCAAGUUUGACUCGGAGCGCAGCAUCAGCUUCAUCCCCCCCGAUGGAGACUACGAGCUCAUGAGGUACCGGACCACCAAGGACAUCAUCCUGCCCUUCAGGGUCAUCCCCCUGGUGAGGGAGGUGGGCCGCACCAAGCUGGAGGUCAAGGUGGUCAUCAAGUCCAACUUCAAGGCCUCGCUGCUCGCCCAGAAGAUCGAGGUGCGAAUCCCCACCCCCCUGAACACCAGCGGGGUGCAGGUCAUCUGUAUGAAGGGGAAGGCCAAGUACAAGGCCAGCGACAACGCCAUUGUCUGGAAGAUUAAGCGCAUGGCUGGGAUGAAGGAGUCUCAGAUCAGUGCUGAGAUUGAGCUGCUGCCCACCAAUGAGAAGAAGAAGUGGACUCGCCCCCCCAUCUCCAUGAACUUUGAGGUUCCCUUCGCCCCGUCAGGGUUGAAGGUGAGAUACCUCAAGGUGUUUGAAUCCAAGCUGAACUACAGUGACCAUGAUGUCAUCAAAUGGGUGCGCUACAUCGGUCGCAGCGGGAUCUACGAGACUCGAUGCUGAUUGGCCAACAACAGAAUUACCCACAAUCCUCUACUCCCAGCUCCCCUCCGCCCUUUGGCCAGUCCCCGGACUAUUUCCCUCAAUCCUCCACUCCCUACAACCUAUAGCUGUAGUCUUCUACGUGGACCACCGUGACCUGUCAAUCAUCUGUUAUCUCCCUGCUGAUUGGUGUAGCUCUUAGAUCCCACCCCUUCGCUGUCAGGGUAGCUCAGCUACACCUGGAACUAGUUACCGCGGUAACUAGUAGUUAUAGUAGUACACGAGUUACUACGGUACACACUGCAGUACACUAGUUGGGACUACAGUAGUUACCGUAAUACCUUGUCCUUAGUACUACAGUAGUUAAAGUAACUAGUGUAAGUUGUCUGUCUGUGUGUGUUCCAGAGUAUCUCUCUGCCAUAUCAUAAAUAUCUUAUAUAUUCAUACAUAUAUAAGAUAUUUAUCCUAUAUAUACCAUUGAUAAAGUAUAACGUCUCCUUGGUUGUGUUAAAGUGAUGAUGAUGAUGAUGAUGAUGAUGAAGGCUGUAAUGUACCAGGUGUAUUCUGUCGUGACCAAAUGUGUGUUGAUGUAAGAUGAGCGGCCAGUUGAUCUGAAAUAAAACGAAUCAAUACUACAACCUCCUGGUGUGUUCUCUG